AUGGUUGGGCUGAUGUGUUCGCCCACGAAAAUCCGCAAUGACGAUACGAAUGCAUCACGAAAAGUGACAUUGAAUAUUGGAAUGAGAACGCCAGCUUGGUCCGAUUUAUUUGGAUUAGACGCUAGCGCCUGCGAGGAUUCAGAUGGAAUGGUCCAGGCUACACGAAUUGUUCAUGGGAUGAUCGAUGCAGAGAUGGCGACUGGCAUUCCAUCGGAGAAAACCAUGCUAGGGGGUUUUUCAAUGGGAGGAGCAGUGGUUCUCUACGCUGGUCUCACCUAUCCACACAAACUCGCUGAAAUUGUUGGCCUGAGUUCCUUCCUCGUCCAAAGGGACAAACUACCAUGGUAUACGUUUCCGGCUUUGAAGAUUCCAUAG